CACACACAGCUGAUAAAUAUCCGUCGCAGUCGUUUUUGAAAGUAUCCAAACGUUACACGUCUACUCAAAAUACGUCUAAUUUGCCGGCUUGAAAUCGCUUCAUCACUGGACACCUAAACGGUUCUGCUUUGUUCGCGUAGAUUGAGAACUUCGGGUGUUUGUCUACUGGUAUAAAUUAUCGAUACGCACAUUUCUCAGACCAUAAAUUUUCCGACCGUCGUAAAGGAACGUUGCGAUAGAUACCAUAAGGUGGGUCGUCCUCAAAAAAUGCCGAAACCGAAUCCGAAACAAAUCGUGACUUACACGCAGCUAUUCAUCAACAACAAAUGGGUCCCCGCAGCGGCUGGUGAGAAAUUUGCCACCAUCAAUCCAGCAAAUGGGCAAAAAAUUGCUGACAUAGCGAAAGCCAGCGAGGUGGACAUCAAUAAUGCGGUUGGGGUAGCUAAGAGGGCAUUUGUCCGAGGUUCUCCAUGGAGAAGAUUAGAUUCUUCAGCGCGCGGAAAUCUCUUACACAAGUUGGCUGAUCUUAUUGUCGAAAAUGUCGACGAACUGGCCAAUCUGGAAGCGCUGGACAGUGGAAAGCCCUUCGCUAAGGCUUACAUGGAAGUCCAUGCCUGUUCGGCUAUUAUCCGCUACUAUGCCGGCUGGCCUGAUAAGAUCUACGGGAAAACAAUCCCCGUCGACGGCAAUGCAUUGGCCAUGACGAGGAAGGAACCGAUCGGCGUAGUCGGUCAAAUCAUUCCAUGGAACUACCCCAUUAUUAUGAUGGGAAUGAAGAUCGGGCCAGCCCUGGCAGCUGGUUGCACGAUAGUGUUGAAACCAGCCGAACAAACGCCUCUGACCGCUCUUCGAGUAGCAAGUCUCGCUAAGGAGGCCGGAUUUCCUCCCGGAGUCCUGAACGUUGUUCCAGGCUUUGGUCCCACUGCUGGAGCCGUGAUCAGCGAGCAUCCCGACGUCGUCAAAGUUGCGUUCACCGGAUCUACCGAAGUUGGCCACAUCAUAAUGCAAGCCGCGGGAAAAACAAAUCUGAAACGCGUUACGCUCAAGUUGGGAGGGAAAAGCCCCUUUGUUAUUUUCAACGAGGCUGAUCUUGAUGAGGCCGUACAAAUCGCCCAUGAUAAUUUAUUUUCGAACUCUGGGCAAAGUUGCCUCGCACCAACGCGAGUCUUCGUGCAGUCCGGAAUUUACGACGAGUUUGUUAAGAAAUCGACAGCUUUGGCUAAGGCGCGAAAAGUUGGCGAUGCGUUUGAACCAAAUGUACAGAAUGGUCCUCAGAUCGACGCGGAAAGCUUGGAGAAGAUUCUCGCUCUGAUCGAAUCUGGCAAGAAAGAAGGCGCGAAAUUGCAAACUGGCGGGAACCGGCUUGGCAAAGUCGGCUUCUUCGUUCAGCCUACCGUCUUCUCAGACGUCACCGAUGACAUGAGAAUCGCUAAGGAAGAGAUCUUUGGACCGGUACAAACGAUCUUCAAGUUCGAUACCCUGGAGGAGGUGAUCCAACGAGCAAACAAUACCAAUUACGGGUUGGCAGCCGGUGUCUGCACUAAGAACAUUGAAACCGCACUAGAGUUUUCCAAGGCCAUGGAGGCCGGUGUCGUAUGGGUGAACCAGUGGGGCGCUUUGGAACCGCAAGCGCCUUUUGGUGGCUACAAGGAAUCUGGCAUUGGAAGGGAAAUGGGCGAAGAAGCUUUGAGCAACUAUCUCGAGACCAAAACAAUCUCGAUUAAACUACCCUCGAAUAAUUAAGCUGUUUCGACAUUGAGGACCCAUCCGAUAGAGAAUAUCUUCCAUGUCACCCGACUUCAGUUUCGUUUAUAUUUACUUCUACUUCUUCAUUGUACUCAAUACUUGUACUAAAACAUUUGAAAUGUAAUUAGAAGUAGAGCGACACGUAAUAGUUCCUGUAUUUAGAAUUUUUUAGGGAUUGUCAACCCACAGUUUAGAGCAACGUAUGUACUAUGUAGUAGCCAUUGUACAUUUGAUGAUUUUGAUUUUAUACCAAGUGAAAUACAAUGCGAGGCAUA